AAAAGAAAAAUUGUUUCUGGAACUAUAAAACAAAUUGUAUUGUGUGCUAUUCAAAUAUUUCCUUUUGAUGUGAGCCACAAAUAGGAUCUCCUCCGUGGCUACCUUGCAUUCUCCCAUGACAAUAGAAGAACAUCAUUAGCACGCCUUUGUCUUCUGUUAUGUCAUGGCAGCAGUGGCUACAAUCCUUAAACACAACCUUAAUUUCAUUCCUUCUUUACUUUCUCAAAAUUCAUCAGAAUGACCAUUUUCACUCUCAAACCACACAAUAAAUCAUGUUUCUUUCCCCAACCUCAAAGAACACAAAACACACACUCACAGAACCCUUUUAUCAAAACCUCGUUUCAACGCUUUAACUUUCACUUCACACCUUCCAAACUCAUCCACAGACACAGAACAAUAGUACUAUGUAGCACUCAACAAGACAUCAAAGAAAACCAUAAUAAAGUGUCCAAAACCAAAACCAAUGUUCUCCCUGACCAUGAUGAUGUUGAACAACAACUAGAAGGUUUUUCUUUGAAUUGGCCACCAUGGAAAAAUCUUCCCCUAAGAUACAAACUCAUAGGCACUACUUCACUUGCCUUCGUUAUAUGCAACAUGGACAAGGUGAACUUGAGUAUUGCAAUAAUUCCAUUGUCACAUCAAUUUGGAUGGAACUCGUCAACCGCAGGGUUGGUUCAGUCUUCAUUCUUUUGGGGUUAUGCAUUGAGUCAAUUGCCUGGAGGUUGGCUAGCCAAGGUUUUUGGUGGCAGAAAAGUUCUUGAGGUUGGAGUACUGGUAUGGUCGGUGGCUACAGCUCUUGUUCCUUUUCUUGCUGGAUAUUUGCCCGGCUUACUAUUGACAAGGAUUUUGGUUGGGAUAGGUGAAGGUGUUUCACCAUCUGCUGCUACUGAUCUCAUUGCCAGGUCAAUACCAUUGGAAGAGCGAUCACGAGCAGUAGCAUUUGUAUUUGGUGGCUUGAGUGUUGGAAGCGUUAUGGGGCUUCUUUUCGCUCCUCCCAUCAUCCAAAAUCUUGGCUGGGAAUCAGUAUUCUAUUUAUUUGGUCUUUUGGGGGUUGUUUGGUUUUUAGGGUUUCAAUUUCUCGAAGGAGGUGAAACACGACCAGCUACAGAAUCUCUUACACUAUCCCAGGGAAACACGACACAAUCAUGGCAAACUUCUCUGAAAGAAAUGAAUAGCUCUAUAAAGGAUGUACCAUGGAAGGCCUUUUUCCAAAGUCGUGCUGUAUGGGCAAUGAUAUAUGCUCAUUUCUGUGGUAGCUGGGGUCACUAUACCUGUCUUUCAUGGCUUCCCACAUAUUUUAGUCAGGAGCUGGACCUAAAUCUGACAGAAGCUGCAUGGGUGUCUAUUCUUCCACCUCUGGCUUCAAUAUUUGUGACGAGUAUUGCAUCGCAGUUAGCUGACAGCUUGAUUUCAAAAGGAGUUGAAACCACUACGGUUCGAAAGAUCUGCCAAUCAAUUGCGUUUUUAUCUCCUGCAGUCUGCAUGACUCUUUCAUCACUGGAUCUAGGAUUACCGCCUUGGGAGAUUGUAGGCCUUCUCACAGGUGGUUUAGCCCUCUCAAGCUUUGCCUUGUCAGGACUUUAUUGUACUCAUCAAGACAUCUCCCCAGAAUAUGCAAGUAUACUUCUGGGUAUAACUAAUACUGUUGGGGCUGUACCUGGAAUUGUAGGUGUAGCCCUCACUGGUUAUCUUCUUGAUACAACUCAUUCAUGGAGUAUAUCACUAUAUGCACCAUCAAUCUUCUUCUAUUUGAGCGGUACCGUCGUAUGGUUAGCGUUUGCCAGCAGUAAGCCUCAAACUUUUUCUGAGGAAAACUGAUCAUUUAGUUCAAUAUUUCGAGGAAACCAUAUGAUAAACUGAUUUUUGACCGAGGGAGUGUAUAUCUGUUUGAUCUACAAGUCAAGAUCAUUUAUUUAUGUACAAAGAAAUGAUAGCAUAGCUGCAUAGGUAAAUUACUGUUUGCUUCUCCAAUUAUUUUUUUCUUUCAAUCAUAGCAUAUUAUAGAAGUUGUAUACUUAUAAUCAAUGAUGCUGAUUGGUCACCAUAAAUAAUGUAGUGACAUGUUGUAAUCUUUGGAAAGUGACUACCUAUGGCAACAAUUUUUAUAUAUAUUUUUUUCAAUUGUAGCUUAUUAUAAGCAGUUAUAUA